AUGAGCAAUUGGUUCCUGAUAGUGGCCAAGCAUGGCGCUAACAAAUCUAUGGGUCGCACGGUCUUGCGGUCAUUGUCCAAGACCACUGCUUGUCGGCACUUUCAAUGCUGUCUGUCCGAGGUUGUUGAGAUGCGGUGCGCAAGGAAUCUUCAAGAUGUUUAUAUGGCUUGCAUCGAGCAUGAUGGGAAAGGCAUGCUCAUCGCUCGGUUAUUCUCCGAGUUCCUCUUUCAGUGCUACAAGACCCCUCUUUCAGACCUAUGCGCGCUCGGCACACAGCUUCGUACACAUAGCGAGUUAUCGAGCACUCUCAUCCUCCCUCGAGCAGAGCUUGCGGUUGAAGCCAUGGGCCAUGGACUGGUUUUAUUCCGCCGGUUUUAA